CUCUUUACGUCAUGGCGCACCGCUUCAUCUGAAUCCUGGUUGUGCGUGAACUACGUCAAAACCUGCGCCGCAGCACCAUAUGCAGCACGGACACAGCUGCAUUGUCUCCCUCCUUUCUUCAUACUCUCUCGGGUUUUGCUACGUCCAGAAUAUGGCGACUCGCUCCCAGGAUGUGAGAGAUGUGUGACGGCUGCUGCCGGGAGGAUGUGAUGCCGGAGGUUCUCGGGAUUGGCUGGAAGCUGGUGCCAUUCAAUAGCUGCGCUCUGCCCGUCUGCUUGAUAUAAACAACAUGGACAUCGCGCAUUCCCCACACACUAAAUAUAGCUAUUAAGGCCACAGGAGGGGGAGGACUGGUGUUAUUCCGAGACAGUGGGCCGUCGUGGUGAACUCGAGCCACCUGAAUUACCUUCCGGGGAUUUUAUCUUUUAUUGGGGCCUCAGAAGGAAAACUCGAUUCCGACCGAACAUGCCCUCGGCGAACAACGUGAGAUCCAGGGCGCGGGAGAGGAACAGCGUCCUGAGCAGACCCGAGUUCAUGUCUCUGAAUCAUCAGCCCCUCCGCGGCGGCGCCGGGCCCCCGGAGAGCCGCUGCGGUCCGAAACGCGCGCCUCAAACCAAGCACCAAGCGAUCCAGAAGAGCGAAGAACCUACCGAGGGCGGCAGCAAGGACAGAAGAGAGUCCACCAAGAUGCCAGAGGAAGACUGCAUGCAGCUCAACCCUUCCUUCAAAGGGAUAGCAAUGAACUCCCUCCUCGCCAUUGACAUCUGCCUGUCCAAACGAAUGGGGGUGUGCGCCUCCACGGCGUCCUCCUGGGGAGGCUGCAGGUCCAUGGUGGCCCUGCUGGCGCUCACGGGGCACGGCAUCACGUGGAUCAUUGGCACUAUCGUAUGUCUGACACGGAGCAACACUCUGGCUGGUCAGGAGGUUCUCGUCAAUCUGCUGCUGGCCCUCAUUCUUGAUGUCAUGACGGUGGCUGGAGUCCAGAGACUGGUGAAGCGCAGAGGACCGUGGGAGAUGACGCCGGGCUUCUUGGAUUGCGUCGCCAUGGAUGUGUACGCUUUCCCUGCUGCUCAUGCCAGUCGGGCUGCCAUGGUCUCCAAAUUCCUGCUGUCUCACCUGGUCCUGGCCGUGCCGCUGCGCAUCCUGUUGGUGCUGUGGGCCUUCCUGGUGGGCAUUUCUCGAGUGCUCCUGGGUAAACACCACCUAACUGACAUGGUGUGUGGCUUCGCUCUGGGCAUGUUUCACUUCAGUCUGAUGGAGACGGUAUGGCUGUCCUCAAACACUUGUCAGACUCUCAUAUCCAUAAGUACACUCAGCUGGAGCCCUUUUUAUUGAGCUUUGCUCGGCUUACAUGAUGCUGCAACUAAUAUUUCAACUGUGCAAUACUGCAGACUUUGCUCUUUGGUCUCAAGGAGCUAUUUAUGCAGCAGGGAGGUUUUACUAAGCUGUGACCACAGAAAGCUGAUAUUUGGAUGCAGAUGCUGACUUGCAUGCAAUAAGCAGAAAAUAAAUAAAUUAAAAAAAAAUUAAAAAGUCACAUGGGCCCCUGGACCCUUCAGGAUUUUCAUACAGCUUACUAAGUUCUAGAUUUUAUCUUUAAUCCCCAGGUUUAGCAAACACUGAAGACAAAAAAUCUCAAAAAUGUUAUCCUGUUUUCAUCAGUAAUUUAACCUGGAAUUUCUCUUCUGGUUCUUGAUUGGAUCUUGCCUCCAUUCAAUUUUGCUAUGUCUCAUUCUUCCACUUCCUUUCUUUGAUUUUUUUUAAACUGACACCAUAAUGAACAGUGUAGGGAGUUGGUUGUAGUACAUAUCCUACAUUUCAUCAUUCUUAUUUGGCACUGAUGUAAUAUUUGUAUAUUUUUGAUUGAUUUUUUGCACUUUUUAUUGUGAAGUUCCACUCUUUACCCUUUUUUAUGCAGCUGAUUUGAACCAUUUGUGCACAGAUACCAAGGAGAAUUCAACAUUUUUCUUAUACUUUCAAAAAUGAACCUCACAAAUUGUAUUGGUUUGUCAUUAAAGGCUCUCUGACUCGCUGAAAAGCUGCAGCAUAUGUGUGCAUAUGAAGUGUGUUUUGUUUUCUUUCUUACUUUUUGGUGGAACUUGUUUGAUAUUUAAAAUGAACAAUGUAUAGUGUACAUGAGUUAGCUUUGUACUGUGCAGAAAUCUGUGUACAAUGUUUACACUUUGUUGCUGCAUCUCAAAAAUAAAACCAGAUGUACAGUUGCAAAA